GUAAUCCAGUCCGACAGAGCAAGAUGCUGGCGCAGUGCUCCUCUUCCUUCUACCCCAAGUUUAUGGCUUCUCUCCACACCAACACCACCAAUAGCCCUAGCAGUACUCACAUUGCCAUGCCGCCGCGGCUUCAUCAGUUGCAGAAACAACGAAUCAUGAAGUCCGACAUCUUUGAAGAUCAAGAGAGUUUGUGCCUGAGACACAGCGACCGGUUGAGCCAAGUGAGGAGGAUGUUUGACGACCAGACAAGAGGAGCCAAGGAGACCUUGCUGUUCAUAGACUCCCUUCAAAAGCUCGCCAUCGACUACCAUUUCGAAGAAGAGAUUCAAGCCGAGAUGCAUUCUUUAUACGACCAGCGACUCCCCAUCUCCAAUGGCGAAGCCAGCAGCAUUGCGGAAGUGGCCCUUUUGUUCCGGUUACUGAGACAAGCUCGAUACCCUGUUUCGACAGAUGUGCUGCGCAGGUUCCAUGAUGGUAGAGGAGAGUUCAUGGCGUCUCUCAGCAAGGAGAUGGAUGGGCUGAUGAAUCUAUUUGAAGCGUCGAAUUUGAAUACUGGUGGGGAAUUAAUACUCUACAGGGCCAAUGAAUUCAGUAGCCAUCACCUCAGGUCCUACAUGGCAUCUUUGGGGCCAGAGUUUGCAGUAACUAUUGAACAUGUGCUGGAGACUCCAUCUCAUAUGACCUUGCAGAGAUUCCAAGCCAGGAAAUAUCUUGAUAGUGACAACUUCUAUCACAAUUUGCAUGUUCGUGAAUUGGGGGAGAUGGAUUUCACCAUGCUCCAGUCACUGCAUCAAAAGGAACUAAAACAAGUCACAAGAUGGUGGAAGAAGUCAGGAUUGGGCCAAGAGCUAGGGUUUGCUCGGGAUCAAUCCUUGAAGUGGUUCACUUGGACAAUGACAUGUCUACCAAACCCUAAAUUUUCAAGUUAUAGGGUUGUUCUCUCGAAGAUCAUCGCAUUUGUUUAUCUUCUUGACGAUAUUUUUGACGUGGAAGGAUCGAUCGACGAUCUCCAUCUCUUUGUACAGGCCAUUGAAAGAUGGGAUCACUCUUCAAUGGAUUCACUUCCCAACUACAUGAGGGUAUGCUUCAAGGAAUUAAAUAGCACUAUCAAUGAGAUUACCGAAAUUGUGCUCAAGGAACAUGGAUGGAAUCCAAUCGAAUAUCUAAAGAAAUCAGUAUGAAUUGUUGUUCUUUUUGUAAAAUAUGUUUUAGUGUUUUUAUUAUCAUUGAAAUUUGGUUAAAAAUUGACUUUGUUUUGUAGUGGAUACAAUUAAGUAAUGCAUUUUUAGUGGAAGCAAAAUUGUUGUCGAAAGACCAAGUCCCGACAAUGGAUGACUACAUGAAGAUUGCCACAAUUACUUGUGGUGUUCCUGCAACCUUAAUGCACAUGUAUUUUCUAUUAGGACAUCGCACGACGAAUGAUCUCUGUGAAGAUCUGCCGAGUCUUAUAUCUUGUCCUUCGAGAAUUCUUCGACUUUGGGAUGACUUGGGAAGUGCAAAGGACGAAAAACAAAUUGGGAGGGAUGGCUCGUUGUUGAUUUGCAUGAUGAAGGAGAACCCACAUUGGUCAUUAGAAGUUGCAAAGGAAAAAGUGAUGCAAAUGAUAGAUGAAGAGUGGGAGGAGCUCAACAAGGAAUGCAUCAGUUCAUCGACCUCAACAUUCUCUCAAGAUUUUGUGACGGCUUGCUUGAAUAGUGCUAGGAUGGUGAGGGUGAUGUACAACUACAACGAGGAGCAUAACCUCCCCAUGCUU